UGGACGUUGAAGCUUCGUCAUUGACCUUACUUCCCUCGACCAACUUUUUGAGUUGGCUAUUUGGUGGACAUAUCUUUUUUGUUCUAAAGUUAUUUUUUCUCUGCAUUCCUUGUGAUGGGUUGUAUUGUAAGUUCAGUCGCUUGUUGUUUUUGCAGUUCUGCUGCUAGCUUGUGCUGUGCUUGCCUACCUAGUUGCAAGUCUUCGACGUCUUCACGAAUGAUGUUUAGUAUUAUACUUAUUGUUACAGUCCUUCUUUCAGUAAUCGCUCUAAUUCCUAACGUUAAAGACAGUCUAACCAAAAUCCCUGCACUCUGUACACCUUUUAAGCUGUCUCCAUUUACGAAGGAGCAAAAAGCCGCUCUAGAUUGUGAUGCUAUUACUGGUUUCGGGGCUGUUUACCGUAUUUGUUUUGCAUCAACUAUGUUUUAUCUUGUGUUCUGUGUAAUUAUGAUCCGGGUCCACUCAUCUAUGGACUGGAGAGCGAAAUUACAAAAUGGGUUUUGGUUCUUUAAGUAUGUUUGUUGGUUUGGCUUAUUGAUUGGUGCAUUCUUCAUACCCGUGGAAGGUUUUACAAGUUUAUGGAUGUACGUCGGAAUGAUUGGUGGGAGUUUGUACAUAAUCAUACAGUUAAUUCUUCUUGUGGAUUUUGCUCACUCAUGGAAUGAGAACUGGCUAACACAGUAUGAAGAAAGUGGAGAAAAGUGUUAUGCACUAGGUCUGAUCUUUUUCACUUUUCUCUUUAAUUCAUUGUCGAUCGCCGGGAUUAUACUCCUGUUUAUCUUUUACGCAAGUGCUCCACAAUGUGGACUAAAUAAGGCUUUAAUCAGUCUUAAUCUUAUUUUCUGCUUCCUUGCAUCAGUUAUUUCAAUUUUGCCGAGAGUGCAAGAAUAUAUGCCACAGUCUGGCUUGUUACAGCAAUUUCUAGUCUUCGUCUAAUGUGCUAUAAAGAAAUGUGUUGACUAAAUGCGGAGACGGGUCAUAAAGUAAAGAUAGACGCAUGGCAGUAAUUUGAGGCAAAGUAAUUCCGAGACAAAAUACCAAAACAUGUUUAUAUGGUGACCAUUUUUGAACAAUUAUCGUACAUGGUUUCUAUUUUCAAAAACGCACAUGAAAAGUCAACAAGACUACAUCUCAGUCCUCAAUGAUUACUGCCUAUGUAACUUUCCUGACAUGGUCUGGUUUAACAAAUGGUCAUGAUCCAGUAUGCAACCCAUCCCUAACUAUCGCAAACAGUACAAAUACACAGGAUGGUUCAGUUGUUUUGAAGUUCGAUCGACAUAUUGCUAUCGGUAUAAUAGUGCUCGUUUUUUCUGUUCUUUACUCCACCCUAAGGUCUAGUACAAAAACAUCAGCUGGAAAGUUCCUUAUUUCCGUAAGUAUUUAUUUGUUUUUUUAUUCUACCUAUAAUCGUAAAUUACUCCAACUGUUUGUUGUUUCUAAUGAAUAUAUAUUUCCAAAUAUCAUCCUUAUUGUCUCAUGUUUUCUUUUGAAAACCCAGCAAAUUGGAUACCACUAAUAAUAGUCGUAGCUUACCCUAUAUAUACCACUAAAAUAUACUGGAAGACGUCGAUCACAAUAUUUUGAUUCAUCAGCCUUUUAGUCGUACAUCAUCCUUGCGUAAUUAGAUCACAAGUGGUCGUCCAUACCAUGGACCUCGUUUUCCGAAUUUUUCCAUUUCCUCUCUAUGUCUUUUUGAAUAUUAGCUCGAUAAUAUAUAUAUUAUGACCCAAUUUUCGCACAAACCGAGUAUCAUGUUAUCACUAAUGCUCGAAGCCUCUGGGAUUAUACGUUUGGGAUUAUUACUGUUUAUUUUGAACUUAGUUAUGGUCAAUUAUCUCACUUACUAAUUUUCAUACUUUUGUCGUUUUCUCUUUAAAAUCCGUAUUUCAUUUGUCAUUUGGAUUGCCUAAAGAAACCGCUAUUGUAUGAUCAGUAAAUAAACCCUGUUGUUAUCCUCUUAUUUAGUUUAGUUAACAUAUUGAUAUACUAUCGUGGCUGUUAACUGUAUGUGCUUUUUGACGUGAUAUUCAGGAUUUUUUUGCUUUAAUUUUGGUUGGUAUCCAAUGUGACAAUUGAUCUGAUUAAAAAUCACUGCGAGUAACGUUUUAAAAAAUGAAUGAAUUCGGUCGAUGAAUAAUCUCAUUUGGUUCUUACUAGUGAAGCGCCCCAGAACAGAAAGUUAUAGAACCACUUCUCAGUUAAAUUCUGCGAUUUGUUUUUGAUGUAGAUAGCAGACAUACUUUUAAAGCCUGGUUUCCGGGUAAAAUGUACUGCUUCAGAUAACUCAAAAGUGAUCCAGUUACUGUUAAAAUGCUUGGUCUGAAUAAGCAUUAAAAGUACUCAAAUCAUAUUCUGUCUAAACACCUGAUAAUUGUAUUUUAAUGAAGCUGUUAACAUUAUUGAUAAAAUGUUUUAUAAACAAGUAUUGUAAUCUCGUACUAGUUAUAGUUGUCUACCGUUGACAAAAGAAGCUAACGAAAAUUACCUUACGUAUGUCGGAAGGCUGAAUGUGCAAGCAGAGCGUCUCAAGUUAAGUGUAUUAGCUAGUGCUCAGGCUAAAUUUCUGGAUUAAAUUCUUCCACAUAUACCAAUUUUCUCACACGAUUGUUGUCCCGGAUUAAACGUAAUAAUGAGAUGAAGCUCCAGUCUGUUACUACAGAACGUCAACGACUAAUAAACAUAGAACAAGAUACAAUCAUUAUGGAAACUAAUAGUGCGUUUCCAUUCAACCAUACUGUCUCUAAUGUUAAGACGGUCUAAAGACAAAACGGCACGAAGUAUAGCCAAUACCAAUCGAAAGAGUUCGUGAUCACGACCAACGAAGCCCUUGUAUCAAAUUUAUAAAAAGUGUAUUUGUUACAUUUGCCAUUGACUGAAUAGACAGGUUAAAUCGUUUACGCAACUUAGACAGUUUUGACAGUAAAAUACGUGGGAAAAUGCCGCGCUCUUGAUCUGUCUGUCCAAUUAUUUACGAAAGGUAGCUUGUAUUGAUCUUAACUAAAUCCUUGAACGAUAGGCUAACUUGUUUAACUUUGAGGCUAGUAUGCGUGAGUUCGAAAUGAGAUUAACGGCCUUGGGUAGAGAGACGAAAACUGUUCUAUCACCUAAUUGGUUUACAACCGAAAGACAGAGAAAGGACGAGUCAACUGGCACACUACUCGACUUAUUUUCGAUCCCGAUUCCGAUUAAUGACUAGAUAGAUGACUAUCAUUGUGGUGUAAGCUACUUAUAUCCACACAAGUAGUAUAUAACGAUAAUUAGGAAUAGAAUGUAUUUCAGUAGAAGAUCGAUAAAGAAAGAACGGAAAUGGAAGGCAAUUGGUAUGAAAAUGCACGAACAAUCAAAUCUGAGACGAUAGACUGAUAUUUGCGAAAGAAACAGUCAAGUUUGAGACAAUUGGUUGAUAUUUUGCAAAUUAACUAUUCACGGUAUGGUUCUCAGAUUUUAGUAAGACGUUCUGUAAUUGUGUGUUCAAACACAUUCGAUUGUCCCCACUCGUGUUCUUGUUUACUACACCAUGACCACAACGAACAAGCAGUUAAGAAAACGCAAUUAUGUCCGAAACUGGGCAUUAGGGUAGGAAAAUAGAGUACAAAAGGCCACGUUUAAAUUACAAUGGCCUUAGAAAAGAAUGAGUUAUAGCAGUGAAUCGCACGUCAAACGAAAGCCUAUGAUUUGUAGAAUAAACUAAAGAUAAAAAUAUAUGCUAGUGUUUCACAAGCGCUGAAUUGAGUGAAAUAACGUCUCGAAAAUUAGCUUCCGUUGUUUGUCAUGACUUCAGAAAACAUGCCAAAUUGUUUCAGAAUAGGUUGGGAUAACGCACAACUGGGAAGCUGAAAAUAUACCUACGACAAGAUGUGAAAUCCGCUUUUCAUCCAUAACAUCGAUCUCCGUAUCUUGCCACAGAUAAAGCUGACAACGAAUCAGACCCACUAGGGAAACUCAAUGUUAUGCAAACUGUUACUUAUUCAGCAUAGGUAGUUCAAGUUGUCGUAUUUUAGAAAACAAAUAGAACUAUUCGUCCUUAUGUAAAUUUUUCAACUGGUUUUACUUAUAAUUUACAGCAUCACUCAUAUCCAUUACCUCUACCAAAAGAUUUAUUUACUAUCUGAAAUCUGUUUGCGACUAGAAGUUGAUACAAAAUCAGAGUAUCUAGCCGUUAAUACUCAUAGUGGACUUUAUCAGUAUAACCGGUUACCAUUCGGUGUGAAACCAGCGCUAGAAAUUUCCCAGCAAAUAAUGGAUAUUACCUUGUUUAAUCUGCAAAGUUUGGCAGUUUACCCGGAUUAUGUUGUAAUUGUUGCCGUAAUCGCUGAGGAACUAAUAGGUCGAUCGGAUAUAUAGCAUACCAAAAUAUCACAAGUUUGUUUUUAAUUGCAAAGAAAAAAAAUGUGAAUUUUUGCUUUAGUUUGUUAUGUACCUUAGGUAUAUAUUUAGUAAAGAUGGUCAUCGACCAAUUCCGGAUAGUGUAAAUACCAUCAAACACGUGUUCAGACCAACAGAUUCUAGCACACUUCGUUCCUGGAAAUGCUUGUAUACUGUGUUCUAUUUAUAUCUUCUAUGCACGUGUCACGAUACCCGUUAAACCAACCCUUGGUAGUUAACGCAACAUGGAACUGGAUUUAAAUGUAAACAUUCGGCGAAAUAAAAGGAUAUUAUCCUCAAAACUACUGUUGAUAAAGUUUAAUCCUAAAUUAGAAAUAACUGCAGCUGCUGAUGCUUUUAACCAUGGAAUCGAAGUUGUUAUUAAUCACUGUUUUUCUGAUGAUAAAGAAAGAUCUAUAACAUCAAGAGUUCGUAGUGCAACCAAACGAAAAUGUAGUCAAAUAGAAAAGCAAGGAUUAGCUGUCGUUGUUUCAGUGAAGGAAUUUCAUAAAAUAAUUUGUGGCUGUCGAUCUACUCUUGUAGUUUACAAUAAACCGCUUCUGUACAUGUUUGGAUAAAAGUCAAGUGUUAUACCGUAUACGGCGAACCGAACUGCUGCGCAGUAUACUCGUCUCUUAAUUGGUAGGCAUAUAUAUAUAGUGUUACUAUCUAGGUCAUCUUUGAUUAAUAGAUUUAUCUAUUUAUGUAGAUCAAUAGAUGUUUUUGUCAAAUAAAGUUAGAUAAGAAUCUACGAAAGCAAAUAAUAUGGAAAUGAGUUGUCCUAGUAAAUGUAGACAUUGAUGCUGAAUUUAGUAGAUGAGUGUUUUGACUUGGUUUGCAUGUUAUUUGAUUUUUUUUUCGAAUAAUGGCUGAUCGUUGGAAAUCGCCAUUUUUGUUUAUAGCUAACCUUGAUUAACAGUUGCAUUAUUAGUCUACACUUAUAUAAUGUUUAAUCAUUAUUCUACAUUCCUUUUUACCACUUAUGAACUCGGGGUUACUAGUAAUCGUGCUCAUGAUAAAUGUAGUUAAAAUUCCCUCAGUUACAUUCAUUUCUUAUUCUUUAUCCUUAUAUGAAGUUAUUGGGUUCGAUUAACUUUCUGGAGUUGGAGUGAUUCGACUGUACUGGUAGUUUCAAGUAGGCUUACGAUAACAAAUUAAAACAUGCCAUUGAAUUACUAGGUUACAUGUUCAAACAUCACAACGCUUACUUCUGUCUAGCGGCAACGUAUUAUCGCUAGUGGUCAUAUUGAUGGUGGCUCAAAGCCAUAGUUCAUUAAUGAGACACAUCUUCAUCAUCACUUAACUAUACGUAACGACGUGAAUCCCUUUUGCAACAUAUGAGUUCACGAAUCUAGUCAAUAUGUAUUACCACCUACAAUUGAUUCUGGUGAAAAUGAGUUAUGUCCAAUUCAGUAAAAUCUAACCUAAUGUUGUAUGUUUUCCCGUAAUUUAAUUUUGCUUGGUCUUGGUAAAAUCGUUGACAUUGACAUCUCUAAUUAUCUACUAAGCACCAAAUGUUCUCGAGUAAUCUUGAAUUCCAAUAAAAUAUUUAGUCUUAUUUAUUAUGUCACUUCUGUAUCAUCUGUGUUAAAAGCCUGCUAAGUUCUUUCGAAAUAGUCUAUCUUUUUGCAAGUCUGUUUUAUAAUUCGAAUGUUAAGUAUGUUAUCCAAGAAGCCUCUUGGUCUGUACUGUAUGUCACCGAUCUAUCAUAGAUUAGAAAGAUGUGGUAUCCUUCAAUUGGGUUAUUGCUCUCUACAGACUACUAUUACAUUAGUUCAAAGGAUGAAAGAAAAGCUCGUUCCGUGAGUCAACUUAAUGUGUGGGCAUUAAGUCAGUAUAAGACAAUCUAGAGUAGAAAUGGCGUAAUAUUUGGAUUUUCAUUAGACCUAUGAGUUUUUACCUUGUUUUUAUGGCUAGAAAUAUAUACCAAUUGUAUUUCUGGUUAUCAUUUAAAAGCAGUCCUACUGUCUUUCCAUAGCACCGAAUAACAUUAAUCAUCAACAAAGUGUUCAUGUUUCCACACAAGCCUUGUUAAACUGUAAGUGUUAACGAAGAAAACUAAACAAAUCCUAGUUUUCUACUUUAUUAGUUCUAAAUAUCUAACAUGACAUCUGUUUGCUUCUAGUUGAUUUAGGAAAUUAAAUUUGUUUUUGUUUAUACUUUUGCCUUUCUUCUGUAGGGUACAGAAGAUACAACCUUGGCAGAACAAUUUUCUAGUGCUGAUGACGACGAUGGACGUGAUGGUCAAAAAGUAUGGGAUAAUGAAAAAAAUGGUGUGGCUUAUAACUAUUUUAUGUAUCAUUUUAUGAUGUUACUAGCCACAUUGUAUGUUAUGGUCAUGCUUACUAAUUGGCUAAAGCCACAAAAUGAUUUGAAAACACUAGUCAGCAAUUCAGCUGGUUUUUGGGUACGUAUUGUGAGCAGUUGGGUAUGUUUGGGUAUUUAUGUGUGGACAUUAGUUGCACCGGCUCUGUUUCCUGAUCGUAUAUUUUAACCAAACUUGACUUUAAAAAGAAAAUUCAAAUGAUCAUUUUGUUGCAGAAUUAAAUUAUUUCCUUUUAUUUCAAACGUUAUUCAUGUCACUUUUGUUUUAUAACACAAUAUCUUAAAGUAACUGGAACACGACAAGAAAGUUCUCGUUGUAUACUUCAGUCACACAAAUUUAUUGACAAUCAUUGCAUUGUUAUAUUACUAUGAUUCUCAUUAUUGCAUUAUUAUUUCAUCUAAAAUAAUUUGUUUACAUUAGAGACCGUUCUUAGUCAUUGAUUAUAAUAUCGGAUUGGUUUUGCUUAAUAUGCUUUCAUCAGCAUUUUUUUCUUGGUUACUGAACUAACUCUACAGCCUCCUCGUUCAUUAAAUUAUUUGUUUCUAUUUUAUCUUAUAUUUAAGAGACUUUAUGAUAUGAAAGGUGUUUGUUGUUGUAUAUUUUCAUAUUAGGGCAAGUACUUAUAUAUACACAUACAAUGUCAGUCUGUAG